UGCCAGUUUGUGUCUUAGCUCAAACAUCUCAGAAUAUGACAUUGGGCUUCUCAUUAACCGCAGCACUUGAUAAAAAUGAUUCCUGGAAAUCUCCAUCUGGAGAUUUUGCAUUUGGAUUCCAACAGAUAGAAGCUGGAAUGUUCAUGCUUGCCAUAUGGUUUGACAAAAUACCUGAAAAAACCAUUAUUUGGUCAGCCAAUGGUACAAAUCUGGUGCAACCACGCUCCAAAAUUCAACUUACAACAGAUGGCCAGUUUAGGCUCGAUGACAGCCAAGGAAAGCAAGUGUGGGCUACUAACUUGGCUGGCUCUGGUACCGUUUUUUCUGCAGCUAUGCUCGACUCUGGAAACUUUGUUAUCUUUGACCUGUCUGGCUCUAUCUACCUAAAAGCUGAAGAUGAAAGCAUACUCAGUAAUAUAACAUCAAUUGGAGCUUCAUCUAACAACUUCUACCAGCGAGCAAUCCUUGAAUAUGAUGGUGUCUUCAAGCAAUAUGUCUAUCCAAAGAACAAUAGUGUCGCUGAUGGAAGGCUUAUGGCUUGGUCCUCGGAGUCCCAUGUCCCAGACAACAUUUGCAUGAACAUCACAACACAAAACACAGGUAGUGGGGCUUGUGGGUUCAACAGCUAUUGCCAUCUAGGAAAUGAUGAGAGACCUAUAUGCACGUGCCCACCUGGAUACUCACCCUUGGAUACAGAUAAUGAAAUGAAGGGAUGCAAACAGGCUUUUGUUCCACAAGAGUGUGAUGGAGGCCAAGGUGCAGAUCUUUUUCAUAUAAGGGAGCUAUCCAGCGUAAAUUGGUGGGGAGGGGAUUGUGAAUAUUUUAACCCCGUUGGUGAGGAUUGGUGCAGACAGAGAUGCUUAACAGAUUGCUUUUGUGCUGUUGCAAUCUAUAACACAAUUAGUGAAUGUUGGAUGAAGAAAAUUCCUCUGUCAAAUGGAGUGCAACUUAAUACUGAUGGAACGAAAGCACUGGUCAAAAUAAGGAAAGGAAAUUCCUCAACAUCCGUUGCCAAUGGUUUAAAGAAGCAGACGAAAAGAAGGAUCAUUCAGCCAAAUAGAGAAAUCCAAGGCGGAAGUUUACGAAGCCUCACUUACAAGGAACUUGAAGGAGCAACAAAUAACUUCAAGGAAGAACUUGGGAAGGGUGCUUGUUCAACAGUUUACAAAGGAAUUCUUGCUAUUGGUAACAACAAUUUGAUUGUUGUUAGCCCUGUGAUUGCCGUUGCCGCCGGAUUCUGGCUUCUUGCCAUUAAGCUCCCUGCUGUUGGAAUAUCCGGUCGAUUUCCUAGUAGAUCCGUGCGUUUUGGUGCAAGAUCCAUCGCCUCUAAGCCACCACGCGCCUCCAUCCUGCGUUUUGGAGUGCAAUUUUUUGUGAGAUUUGCAAUUUCAAGACCAAAAGCAAAAUCAGAGAUUAAGUGUCCUUGUUCGAAAUGUAAAUGUAGAAAAUGGGGGAAUCCUGAGGUCAUCUCUGUGCAUUUGUGUAAGCAUGGGUUUAUGAAUAAUUAUUAUACAUGGUAUGUUCAUGGAGAGACAUCUAGUAAUACAUCUGAAUACAAUGACGGGCCAAUGGCUGAGGAGCCAAAUAGUAAGGCAAGAGAAUUUUAUGAUCUCUUGCAUGCUGCAGAAGUCCAUAUAGGUGCUGGGGGACAGGAUGUCACAGUACUUCAAAUUAAUCCUUCCUUUAGAAAAACAGCAGAGCACAUGACAUGGCAUUUGACAUGCCGUGAGGAUGCAGAUGAAGUUAUUCAUCCUAUGGUGUACAACCUUCCUCCUGAAUUAUGUAUGAAGUCAGAGCAUAUAUUUCUUGCCAUGAUAAUUGUUGGACCUAAAAGUCCAAGAAAAAACAUUGAUGUCAUGCUUAGGCCAUUAAUUGAUGAACUUAAGGAAUUGUGGACAAAUGAGGUUGAAACUUAUGAUAGUUUCAGACAACAGAAUUUUAUCAUGAAAGCUGCAUUGCUAUGGACUAUAAGUGAUUUUCCAGAUAACAUUAAAAAUACUGUCAUGGAUGACAAGGGUUGUACGAAGGAUAACACCAAUGCUAGAUUGGAUUUACAGCUGUAUUGCAAUAGAUCUGAAUUAGAAUUGAUACCUCAAGAUGAUGGAGCAGCUAUAAAACCCAAAGCUACAUAUGUUCUUACUCGAGAGCAACGAGCUCUUAUCUGUCAGUGGCUGAAGGAAUUGAGAUUCCUAGAUGGGUAUGCAUCCAACAUAGCACGAUGUGUUAACAUGCCGGAACUUCGAUUGUUUGGGAUGAAAAGCCAUGAUUGUCAUGUAUUCAUGCAGCGUCUCUUGCCAAUUGCUUUCCGUGAUUUCCUCAUAGAUGAAGUUUGGGGUCCCUUAACUGAGAUAAGUAACUUUUUUAGAGCUUUAACUGCUCCAAUUAUUCAAGUUAGUAACAUGGAGAUGUGGGAGGAAAAAAUUGUUGAGACCAUUUGCAAGUUAGAGAAAGUAUUCCCGUUGGAAUUCUUUGACUCGAUGGGGCAUUUGGCUAUCCAUUUACCAUAUGAGGCAAAAGUUGGAGGACCUGUCCAAUUUCGUUGGAUGUAUCCUUUUGAAAGAAAAGGGUGGUUUGCUGCAUGUAAGAUUAGAGCAAGAGCAAUAAUCGACGCUUCAUCGUUGAGUAACGGUGGAAAUGUUUAUUAUCAAGACGAUGAUCCUCCUAUGCCACAAUUGGUGCAACCCUCGACUGUUUUAAAUGAUCAUGUUUCACUAGCAUCUCAAGGGGGAGAAGAAGUGGUGAUUAGUGAGGUCAUGCAAUUGCCAUAUGUGACAGAGGAAGAAUGUGUGGGUGAGGAUGAUGAUGAAAAGGAAGAGUUUGAUGGAACGGAAACAUCGGAAGAAGAAGUUCCAAAUUACUUAACCGAGAAUAUGAGACGAGGUACGCGAGGUGCAUCUUUUUCUAGACAGCAGGUUGAUCUAGAAGGAGAACCACAGAGGUCAUUUCAUCGUCUUAUUCGGGGGCCUCGUAGGGCUGAGCAACUCGCUGUUACUCAGCCACCAUUGGCCGAUGACCAGUUCACUGGUGAUGAUGCAACAAUGGAGGAAGACACUGAAGAGCGUAAUUUGGAGGCUGAGUUGGAUGGUGAGUUUGCUGUGCUUGAUCCUGAGUUAGAUGCUCAGUUGGAGGAAGAGCUAUCAUGUGCUGUCCCGAAGACAGGACGUGGCAUGGAUAAAGGAGAUGACGUUCUUGCAGACCCGAGUCAAAGGGAGGUGCUUAGCCUUAAUUGCCGAGGCACAUUCAGCCAUGAGAGUUGGCCUGAGGAAAAGAAGAGGGUUACUUGGGAGAAUUUUCAGGCAGCUAAAAGAGGAGGAGUUAGGCCGACACCUUUAGAGUCGUACUUGUUGACUCACAUGACUCGCCGACCUGAUGCUCCAGAAAAUGCCCCUCCCGCUUGGAUAUGUCCACAGGCUGAGCAAACAUAUGUAAGAAUCUGAUUCUUUUAUGAUAUUAAUUUUAUUUAUUUAUAAUGUCAUAUUGUCAUAAAAGAAGAAAAGUGAUACAAUUUUUUAUCCAUUGUAUUUAGUAAAUGAUUAUUUUUUAU